AUGUGCAUCCCAGACACGAAGUGUGGGAGGGCGGCUUCGACCCUCUUGGUGGCUGGCGUUUUCACCUUGGUGGGUUUGCAGUUUGGAACGAUCCAUGCUGGGACAAAGACUGGACUGUACUGGGCCGAACAACUCGUUUCUGAGCAUGAGACCGGUUUUGUUGGGAGUCGAGUGGCCGUGCUGAUCAUCGGCAGUGCUCGGACACUGGUGUGGCCAGCGGUUUGCCAAAACAUGAAAUCCAACCUCGUAGAUGGCCUGCGCCAACGCAGGAAAGGAUCUGUUCAAUGGCAAGUGGAUGUUUUCUUUUUCAUUGCUCUGACUGAUGCAGGUCCAAAAGGCCAGAACGUGAGCGGUCAGAGGCAUGGCAUUGACGAGCUGUCGCAGUGCAAGGACAUACUCAAGCCUGUGCACGUAGAGCUGAUGCCUGAAACCUAUCCGAUACCGAAUCAUGAAAGCUGCUUGAGCGAACAGGACAUGCCAAACUACUGGAAUCAGACUGCUUUUUGGCACGAGGAAGGUGCGUCAGAGAGAAAGUACUCUCAGUGCAGGCGUGUGGUCGAGGCCUUCACUUACGUGGAAAAGGUCUAUGAGCCAAACACUGGUGUACGCUACGAUGCCUGGGUCCGUGCGCGAACGGAUUCCGUGUAUCUUGUGCCUGUGCCCCCGAUGGCAGACUUUGAUUUGCGCAAGGUGACCAGUACCAGCCUGGCAAGUUCCGAGCACUGGCAUCUGGUGUCCCGAGAUUGCAAGACUGCCCUGCCGUUCAACUGCAUCAAGUGCGUCCACAGCCAGUUCGAUGAUUGCCCAAGUAGGCCGGAGAUUUACAGAAGCUACGCCGUGCAAGUUGUGGUAGCCAGGGAGUAUGAUGCUGCUUAUCUCCGGAAAACGCAAGGUUUUACUGGAUUGCCAGCUCGGCCCGAGCCACAUGAGAAGCAAGGCUAUUUGUUCCUGGAGUGUCGCAGGUUCAAUCAGGCGUGUGCCAGACAGGUUCACAAGACGACGGUUGGCAAGCAACUGGCGGAGGGAGCCUGUGACUCCAGCCUUUGUCGGAAGAUGCAGCUGGAGUUUCUCGAAGCUCCGUUGCCUCGCUUGUAA